AUGAAUGGGACUGACUCCCAAAAUAGUCGGAAAUAUCAUGAACGAAACAAUGGACUGAUCUCCCAAUAUCUUUACAUUGACCGACUACUGGACUCUUCCCUACCCCAUAACCUGAUCGAGGAUUACAACGGAUGCAAUAACCAUGUUUCUGGAAACGGAAUUCUUCAACCACCCUCGCUGGAAGAUAAUCAAGCCGAGGCACCAGAACCCAAUCCUAAGAUUGGAAGGAUCAAACGCACCCCACAUAAUCUUUAUCGGAUUCCCGAUGAGACAACACCCUUGGUCCAAUCUCCCGAGGCAGAAAAUGGCCCAUUAGAUCCAUUCCCUGAUCUUGAAUCGCAUGGCGGGAUGGCCCCAGAUGACGAGGAGCGCGUCGUCAACCUGGCUAUUCGCAUCAAUUUUGUCGCCAACGUUGCUCUCCUAGCCUCCAAGAUCGCUAUCAUGGCAAUGACCAGCUCCAUGUCUAUGCUAGCCGGUCUAGUUGAUGGGGUUUUGGACUUUCUCAGCACAGUGAUUGUCUGGGUGACCACCAUUAUGAUCCGCCGACAAGAUCGCAACCGGUAUCCUAUUAGCCGACGGCGAUUAGAGCCCAUUAGUGUGUUAAUCUUCUCGGUGAUCAUGGUGACUUCCUUUUUCCAGGUAGCACUGUCGUCUAUCAAACAAUUGCUUGGAGAUGACCGUACGGUUGUUGAGCUAUCUAUACCAUCUAUCGCAUUGAUGGGUGGUACUGUUUUGGUUAAGCUGCUCUGCUGGAUCUGGUGCCGGUUGAUUCCUAGCCCUAGCGUCCAAGCCUUGGCCCAGGAUGCCAUGACUGACGUUGUUUUCAACACGUUUAGCAUCAUCUUCCCACUAAUUGGUACUGUUGCAAAUAUCUGGUACUUAGAUCCCCUGGGUGGCCUGAUCCUCUCCUUUUACAUAAUGUGGAACUGGGGUCAGACGGCUACCGAAUACAUCCAGCGGUUGACAGGUGCAGCUGCCUCUCCCGACGAUCAUAGCAUUUUGCUGUAUAUGACCAUGCGGUUCUCCAGAGUGAUUCACAAAAUUCAGGAUUUGAAAGCCUACUACGCAAGUGACAAGCUGAACGUUGAGGUUGACCUUGUUGUGGAUGAAAAGAUCAGUUUACGGGACAGUCAUGACGUUGGCGAGAGUUUGCAGUACAUCAUCGAGAGUGUGCCGACAGUCGACCGUGCUUUCGUGCAUUUGGACUAUGACGAGUGGAACCUGCCCAGCCAUAUGAAUCAGAUGGAGCGGUAA